CAUAAAGCUUUUCACCAACAAAACAAAGUUCGGUUCGGUUUAGAUCAUCAACUGAAAUACUCUGGGUUUGGUCCUAAAGCUUGAAACUUUAAAGCUACUGUGUGAAAUUUGAAGAAAAAAAACAUCAGUCCAGUAAGAUUGGAUUAGUGAUUUGCGAUCUAAUUAGUCAAGAUGAACGCACCGCCAACAUUCGAAUCAUUCUUAUUAUUUGAUGGAGAGAAAAAGAUUUUGAAAGAGUUGGAUACAAAGGUACCAAACGCCGCCAUUUUCACCAUUAAUAAAGAAGAUCACACCUUGGGAAACAUGAUUAGAAACCAACUUUUGAAAGAUCCUGCCGUUAUCUUCGCUGGUUAUAAAAUACCUCAUCCUUUAGAACAUAAAUUCGUUUUGAGGAUACAAACAAACAGCAGUGAAUGUGCUCCGCAAGAUGUUCUUUCCAAUGCUAUAACUGAUUUGAUUUCUGAGCUAUCGCUGUUUGAGGAAAGAUUUCGGGAUUCGUUACGUGAGAAACGAGAAGGUUUGGAAUAAUGUCUAUUCAUCCGUACGAAAGAAGAGUGUUAUCGUAAUAAUGUAUUGUAAUUUGCUAAGUAUCCCAAUUUAUUGUUUUCGUAAAAUACAUUUCCAUUAAUAAAAAUAAGUUCUGAACAA